AUGCACGGCCGCUACCUCAUCCGGGAGUCCUUUGCCGCUGGAGCGUAUGGCAAAGUGUGCUCAGGUCAGGACAAGUCGUCCAUGGAGGAGGUCGCGGUGAAGAUCGUCCCCAAGUACAUCCUGAUCUCCCGCGAGGAGAAGCAGUCGGUGAUCCGUGAGCAGGUUAUCCACAAGGGGCUGGACCACCCGCACAUCGUCAAGCUGCUGGACGUAUAUGAAGACGACGGCGCGCACUACUUCAUUCUGGAGCGCGCCGACAGCGGCUCACUGAAUUCGAUGAUCACCGGCGCCGGGAUCGAAGAGAACAAGUGUCGUGAGUUCUUCCACCAACUGCUGCUUGCGCUCGAGUACCUGCACGGCAACAACAUUGUGCACCACGACAUUAAGCCGCACAAUGUUCUGCUGGAUGACGAGGGAACGACCGUCAAGCUGUGCGACUUCGGAGCCUCCCGUGCCUUCGACGCUCACCAGACGUCGUUGCCCUUCGCUGGCAUCUUCGGAACGGUGGGCUACAUCGCGCCUGAGCUGCUCGAUGGCAAGCCGUCCUACGGUCCUGGUAUUGACAUGUUCAGUGCCGGCAUUUUGCUGUUUGAGAUGGUCUUCGGCUACGGACCGUUCUACCCGCCAAGUGCUUGCACGCACCAGGAGUUGGAGUUCCCCAACAGGUCGAAGGCGUCGCCGCAGGUGAAGCAGCUCUUAAGCAGAUUGCUGGAGAAGGACCCAGCCAAGCGGAUCACGGCAGGCCAGGCCCUGGGUCAUCCGUGGAUCACUCUCAAUGCUGGCGGUCGCUCAGCUCCAUCGUCUCCAGUGACCACAUUUGCCGGUAAGCCUCCGCCUGCUCCAAUCUGUGUGCGUCGGUAG